AUGAUCACCAAGUUUAUGUCGGAGGUCACCACCAAGUUCAACCCCUUCUCGCCCAAGGCCAAGUCGGCGCGGUUGUUUCUGUCCUGCAUUCCGCCUGCGGCGCGCUCGACCGGCCUGUCGAUCAAGACCGUCCUGCUGCCGCGGACGUCGACGGAGUCCCCGUCGCUGUUUGUCAAGUUCAAGGAUGGCAAGGAGAUGGAUAUCGACUGUGAAAAGAUGGGCAUCAAGAACAUCAUCGAGGAGCUUGACAGACACUCUCGUGGUCUGCAGAAACAGGCCGAUUUGACCGAUUAG